GCAAAUUAUAUUAGCAGAAAACAAAGGAGAUUCUGGCGAAUCAAUUCCCCUGCAGUCGCACAUACACACUCCAUAGUCCAUAUCCUCUACUACUCCCAUGGCAGAGGCGGCGGGUGAAUUGCCUGUGAAGAGACCUCGCGAGGAGAUGGAGGCGAAUAACGGCGCCGUGCCCGAGUGCAUGUCAUCUGUCAUCCCCGGGUGGUUCUCGGAGAUUAGCCCAAUGUGGCCAGGAGAAGCACAAUCACUCAAGUCAUCCACAUACGGGAAGGUUCUUGUCUUGGAUGGUGUAAUUCAACUUACAGAGAGAGAUGAAUGUGCUUACCAAGAAAUGAUAACUCACCUCCCACUCUGCUCAAUCCCGAACCCCAGAAAGGUUUUGGUAAUUGGUGGAGGAGAUGGUGGUGUUCUGCAUGAAGUAUCGCGCCAUGCCUCUGUAGAGAAGAUAGACAUAUGCGAGAUCGAUAAGAUGGUUGUUGAUGUUUCUAAGCAAUUUUUCCCGAGUGUAGCUGUUGGAUUUGAAGAUCCGCGAGUCACACUGCACAUCGGCGAUGGGGUUGCAUUCCUAAAGGCUGUACCAGAGGGAACUUAUGAUGCAGUGAUAGUGGAUUCUUCAGAUCCAAUAGGCCCCGCCCAAGAGUUGUUUGAAUUCGCAUCCGUAGCCAGGGCUCUCCGACCUGGAGGUGUUGUAUGCACUCAGGCCGAAAGCAUAUGGCUUCACAUGCACAUUAUCGAAGAUAUCGUUGCAAAUUGCCGCCAGGUCUUCAAAGGCUCGGUCAGUUAUGCCUGGACUACAGUCCCUACAUACCCAAGUGGUGUGAUUGGGUUCAUGCUUUGUUCAACGGAAGGUCCCCCAGUUGACUUCAAGAAUCCAAUCAACCCGAUAGAUGCUGAUGAUGGUCAUGCCAAAACAAAGGGACCUUUGAGGUUCUACAACUCCGAGAUUCACUCAACCGCUUUUUGUUUGCCCUCGUUUGCUAAAAAGGUGAUCGAAUCAAAAGCUGCGGCUAGCCGAAGAUAAACUCUGGAGCCAGCGGAGACGCAAAUCGAGGAAUUAGAGCAUCCACAACCGUGCUUUUGCAAGCGGCACGGUUGUGGGCCCGGCCCCACUUUUUCUGUCUGCUCUCUGGCAAGAGCACAACACCCACAGCUGUGCCCUUCCGCUAGG